AUGGACCUGCUGCUCACUGUUAAGGCGACAAGUCGAAAGUUGCGGCUGCGGCGAUCUGCCUCAUCCUUAUCGGAUUCAGUUUCCUCUCAGCUCAAUACAGUAUCAGACAGUGCAGCUUGCCGGCCUCAAAAGGCAAGGCGUCUCGCGCUUAAAGGGGCUCCUGCUCCGUAUUUUGCUGUUAACCCCCAUCUUUUUGAAGACCCUCAGCUGUGGACAACUGAGCAGCUCCGAAGACUCUGCAGCGAGCUCGGCUGCUCCGCGUGCGGCAGUCGCAGCGCUCUAGUUGAACGAUUGCAGGACCUCGACUGGGAUCCAACAACGGGGGUCAACCUUGAGUGUCUACCAACAGAGAUCUGCGAGCAAGAGCAGCAGCAGCACCACCGAGACGACGGUGCCAUCAACAUGCGGCCGCCCCCUGGUGUAUGUACACCUGCGGGGAUCCCAUCUGUUCUACAUAACCCAGCAGGCGGGCCUGCCUUGCUGCAACGAGAGACCCAAGACACUUGCAGCAGCAGCGACGGCAACCCCCCCCCUGCCUCAACGGCAAAGUCAGCAGGGCAGAUCAGCAUUAAGAAAAAGGCAGACAGAAAUCAGCGAGGCAAUGAGGCCUCAAGUGCAACCAGUGGCCGCGGGACCAAACGAAAACGUCAAGAACAAUCGAUUAGGGAGCUGCAGAAAGAAGAAACUGCCAGUCCGCCUCGAAAACAAAUCAAAUUCUGCCCCUUCAAUAACAUCCAGCUCAUCACAACCGAUGACUUUGAGUGCGACGGUGCGUCAAAAGAUGGAAGCACAGCUCUUUUCUUUCCUUUCCUCUAUUCUGUAUAG